AUGUCGUGCAGUUAUCUCGAGUACGCCAUCUCCAACCAGCCGCCACACAACGGCGAUUGCAUCUAUUGCGGGUGGACCCUAGGGACUGUCGACGAAGGCUUGCUGUACGCCACAAUCGACUGCGGACACGACGCUCACUACUGGUGUGUACUGAAGCAUUGGCAGGAUCUUCCAGCCGACCACGUCGAGGACUGCCCUGGCCAGGACUGUGCGAACACCAUCGUCGGUCCGCCGGUGCAGACUAUCGUAGUGGACAUUGAUCCCGAAGGGGCCGAGGUGUACUGCGGUAUAUGCCAGAACGGCGAGGAUCUAAGGUCCACUCGUUGUCUGCAGACGCUGUGUCGCUCAGAAGCACACUACUAUCAUACAACAUGUCUUACGGAGCUCAAUGAGGACCACAUGGAUACCUACGAGGUCGACCACGCCCAGCUGUACACUUACUGCAACCUGCCUUGCCCGGCGUGCCAUUGGCUCCUAUGCCCCGACUCCAUCGCUCAGAUCGCGGACGACAUCGAGCACGACCGAGAGCCAGAGGACGUUCCCCUGAUCACUCUCCCGAUCCCCUACGCGCUCUUCGCAGCCAACGAGCGCCGCAAACGCAUUCUCGCACGAUACGCAGAGCACCAAACCCAGUCGCGCGAUGUCGUCCGACUCGAGCGUCGUGCCGCCAACCUAGGAGCCCCAGAAGACAGCACUUUUUUCACCGCAAACGCAGUCACCCACGCCCAGAGACAGAACGAAAUGGUGUACUUACCCAUGACGUACCGAACGUGGGAGGGCAGCUUCGACUACAUGGCGGUUGCCCACAAGACUGACCUUGUCCUCGAUGUCAUGGUGGCUUGGCUGGCUGUGUGUGGGGAAUCGUACAGUGUCGAGUUUGUGAAGUGCUUGGUUGAACACCUCACUUACAAGAAUGCAGGCAAGUACAUGUUGCACUGGGCUACGAAGAUCGAUACCUUCCCAAGUGGUGGGCGAGAGCGGAUUCUAUACCGUCUUGGAUAG